AUGAAGGUUUUCAACGUUAUCGUCCUCGCCUUUGUUGCUACUGUCGUCGCAUCGCCAGCCCCAGAGCCAAUGGGCGAGCCCGGCUCUGUCGCUGAGCUCCACAAGCGUCAGUGCUCCUCCUGCAGGAACGGCCAAUACAGCUGUGUCUGCGGACCCGGACAAUGGUGCUGGUACAAGUGCUAA